AUGGCCGACUCGGAUCUGGAAGCGAUACGGCAAGCGCGCAAGCAGGAGCUGCAGUCGCAGAACGGGGGAGGAGGCCAGGAAGGUGGUGAGAAAGAAGAGCAGAAAAACCGCGAACAAGAAGCCCGGCAGUCUAUACUGCAGCAAAUCCUCGAGCCAGACGCUGCAGACCGGCUAGGAAGGAUACGGCUGGUGAAAGCCUCUCGCGCGGAAGAUGUCGAGAACAGGCUGAUCAUGCUGGCGCGCUCCGGUCAACUAAGGGCCAGGGUGUCCGAGGACCAGCUGAAGGAGAUUCUCAACGCUGUGAGCGAGCAACAGCAAGAGGCGGAGAAGGUCACGGUUCAGAGGAAGAGAGGAGGGUGGGAUGAUGACGAUCUGGAGGAUCUGCUGAAUGAGGAUACGUGA